UAAUUAUAAUAAAUAAUGUUAGUGUAGUUUAAAAUGAAUUGUUUGCGCAAACAUCUAUUGAAGAGCAAAACGUACUACCUGGAAGUUCUUUAAGAUCAAAUGAUAUUAUCAGAAGUAAAUCUUUGAGUAAGCAUGGUAGCACAAGACUAUGCAAAAUCCAAAAUAUGUAGUCCUCUUCAACUUUGAGUCUCGUGUGAUGUGGAAGAAAUCGGAACAUGAAUAACUCUGUAGCUUUGGUAUCCUCUACCAAAAGAGAAUCAAAUGGUUCUGGGGGGACCAUAAAGAAUUGAAUCUUCUCAAAAUGUACCUCUCCAACAGGGUUUUCUUUGGGAAUAUAUCAAUUUUCUAUGAAUCUAGUCAGAUCAUUGGUUCUGGUGCAUCCUCGAAGGUAAUUCUGCUUUCCCUCACUCUCAGGUGUGUCUCGUGAAGCGGAACACGGAUGUAUUGUACUACGCAGCUAAAUGUAUCUCAAAGAAGUAUCUGACAGGCAAGAAGUCCACUGAUCGCAUAGUAUGUACAUCUAUCAAUUUCUGAUAAGGCUAGAUUGCAAUCUGAAAUCGAGAUUUUAUAAAAGAUCGACAAUCCGAUAUUUGUCAAAUUACUGGAAAUUUAUGAAGGAGACAACUCCUACUAUCUGAUAACUGAUUAUUACGAGGGUGACACUCUUUACAAUUUUAUUCGAAACACUCAAAGCGACAGUUUACCCAGUUACAUAGUAAGGGAUGGAAUUAAAGUUACACUAAAUAGUUUAUAUAAUUUUAGACCUUGCUGCUUGGUCUUUAAUAUUUGGAGCAUAUGGGUUUGAUACACAGAGAUAUCAAACUGGAGAAUAUCCUAUUAGCCAAGCAGAAUGAAAUCAAGUCCCUGAAGAUUAUUGAUUUUGGAUUGGCCAUCUAUGAGAAUACAUGGACCAAAUUGUCUAUCUGUGGAACACCAGGCUAUAUUGCUCCUGAGAUUCUAAGGGCUGAAAUCAAAUAAAAUGACUAUUUCACCACAAAAUGUGAUGUCUUUAGUGCAGGAGUUAUAUUUUACAAAUUGUAAUUACCAAAUUUACUUACCAACUAGGUUAACCAAAAGAACCUUAUUUAGAGCAGACAACACUGCAGACAUCAUGAAGGCGAAUACUCAAUGCGACAUUCGAUUGGAUGAGCUAGAAUAGAAUGUUUAGAAGGAAGCCCUCAAUUUAUUGAAAUUGAUGCUGGAACCUAAUCCCAAUAUUCGACCUACUGCUUCGUAAUGUUUAGAACAUCCAUAUUUCUAUUGCUAAUUAGAAGACAUAAGAAUACUGCAGGAGAUCCUAGACAAAGUGACAGGCAGCUCAGAAUUCACAAGUAUUGUUUGCUCAUCUAUAUAUAUUCAGAGGAGCAUUAAGAUACUCAUUCAGUUCCUAAUGAGAGUUAAGCUGCCUAGAUCAAGAAGUGUCCACCGACUCAAUACAGAGUUAGAGUGGAGUAGAGAAAGAGAACUAGGAGUCCUAGAAAAUACGCAGACUUUCACUUCUAUUUACCAUCCUUUUGUCAGAUGAACUCCUUUGAAAGUGAAGGGAACUCUUCUAAUUCAAGUAGAUCUUCAAAAAUUGAGAACAUCAUCAUCAAUGAGAAGGAAAGUGAAAAAGAUUCUGUAAUUGAGGAGAACAACAAGUUUCAACAGUGA